GCCCCGCGGCCGUCUCCGACGCCCGCCCCCACUGGGCGGCGGAUGGGCCGAGGACGGCGUUCCGACGGCGGACUUCGCCAGCCCGCACGCCGCGUACCUGGCCGGCUGCUCGCUCGUGGUGAACCACCUGGAGGCGAGCUGCGAGGCCGUGCGGGCGCUCUGCGUGGGCCUGCGCGAGGAGCUGCCGCACGCCUACGCCAACGGCUACCUCACGCCGCCGGGGUCGCAGGCCGUGGCGCCGCACGCGGAUGACCGUGACGUGCUGGUAUGGCAGUGCGCCGGGCGCAAGCGCUGGAGAGUCUACGCCGAGCCACCAGUGCAGCUGCCGUUCGAGCGCGAGCAGGUGGGCAAGUCGGACGAGCUCCCGGUCCCAGAGGCCACCCUGCUGCCGGGGAACCUGCUGCUGGAGGAGACGCUGGAGCCGGGCGACGUGCUGUACAUGCCCCGGGGCUGGGUGCACGAGGCGGCGACGGCGGAGUCCGAGGGCAGCCUGCACCUCACCGUCGCGCUGGCCACGCAGGACUGGGCCUGGUCGUCGCUGGCCGCGGCGGCGAUAGCUCGCGCGGGCGCCAGCUGCGCCGACGUGGCGGCCUUCCGCGCCGACGUGGAGCGGCCCGGCCCUCCGGGCGAGCAGUGCGGGCAGCGCGCGCGGAGCCUGCGGUGGCGCGCGUCCGCGCCGCCCGCGCUGGUCUGCGCGGCGCCGGAGGCGGCGAGCGCGGUGGCCGCCUGCGCCGAGGCCGCGGCGCUGGCGGCGGGCGAGGCGCGGCUGAGGGCGCUCGGCAUCGGGGCGGCGGAGCUGCGGCGGGAGCUGCGCGAGAAGGGGCGGCUCCACAACGAGCGGCAGGACCAGCUGCCUGCGGUGCCGCGGCCGCUGGAGGCGGCCGGGUGCCUGUGCGGGGACAGCUUCGUGCGGCGGCCCAGCGCCGCCGAGCAGGAGCAGAGGGCGCGGGAGCGCGGCGGCGCGGGCGCCGCGGGCGCGGCGCAGCCGCAGGGGCUGCAGGCGCGCGAGGGGGUCGAGCCCACAAUGCACGCCAUCCUCGCCGCGCUCACCACGAGCAGCACGCGGGUCCGGGACUUCGCCGAGGCGCCUGGCGCGGAGCUGGCACUCGGCGCCUUCGGCAAGGUGUGCUUCGCGCGGGCGUGCAUCGAGCUCGGUCUGCUCGUGCGCUGCGACCAGCACGGCUCGCUCUUGUAGCUUCGCGCUCACGAUAGUCUACCAUUUGUCCAAAGCUUUCUCGUUUGCCAAUCGUCUUAGCUGGCCCGCGACGGUUUUGCAGCAUCAUCGUCAUCAUCCC